CCGUUUCUCGCUUAAGAUCGCUCAAUGAUUUUGCAAUAAUUUCCUCCAACUAUAAAUACGGCACUCAUCCCGAAUUUCAAUUCAGUUAAGUUAGUUAAAAGCAUAACCAAGAUGCUACCUCCACCUCGGCAGAUAGUUCUCUUGUUCGGUUCAUUCUAUUUGAUAGCCAUCAUAGCCAGCGAUUGCGAAUGUGAGCCGAUAGUGCAUUGCAUACCAGAUUGUCCCGAAAUCAAAUGGCGUCAUCAGUGGGGCAGUAAAACCAGUGACAAUGUUGUCUAUCGUCCCAUACCGGUGAAACGUGUUGUGGUGCAUCACUCGGUGACACCGGAAUGUUCAAGUUUUGAUCAGUGCUCGAGAAUCGUUCAAAAUAUGCAAUCGUUUCAUGUGAAUCAAAAGAAAUACAGAGACAUUGCCUACAACUUCCUUAUCGGCAACGAUGGUCUGGUCUAUGAGGGGACGGGUUGGCAUGUUGCCGGCUCUCAUACGUAUGGCUAUAAUCGAAAUGGUACCGGCAUAGCGUUUAUUGGCGAUUUUAGUGCUAAAUUACUCAGCAAAGCCUUGGAUGCCGCCAAACAUCUGUUAAUUGGGGUGGAGAAUGGCGCCCUAGAUGCCAACUAUGAACUUUAUGCCGGUUCCCAGGUCAUCUCAACCCAAAGUCCUGGUUUAAUUUUGUACAAUGAAAUUCAGGAAUGGGAUCAUUGGUCCCCAAAUCCAUGAAACGGAAUGCAGAAUAAAAUUUUGAUAAAUGUAGAUAAUAAAUGCUCUUAAAAA